UCGUUCGCUCUGUAUAUUUUCACUCUGUGUUUGGAGAAUUUUUCUGAGUUUCAUUUUGAUGGCGAUGGUGGUGUUGGCAACUCUGUUGGUUGUGUUUAUUUCUUUGUUCUUUAGAGUUGCAUAUGAUACAAUCUCGUGUUACUGGUUAACGCCAAGGCACAUCAAGAAAGUCAUGGAGAAGCAAGGCGUGCGAGGUCCCAAGCCCCGCCCGUUGACAGGAAAUAUAAUGGAAAUUGCCGCUUUAGUUUCGCAAGCCACCGCCAAAGACAUGAACCGUAUCCACCAUGACAUCGUCGGCCGCCUCCUGCCGCAUUAUGUUACUUGGUCUCAACAAUACGGGAAAAGGUUCAUAUACUGGAAUGGAAUCGAGCCCAGGAUGUGCUUAUCGGAAACCGAGCUGAUCAAGGUACUUCUCUCAAAGGACAGCACGAAAUUCGGAAAAUCAUGGCUGCAACAACAAGGAUCAAAGCAUUUUAUUGGGCGAGGUCUGUUAAUGGCGAACGGCGAUGACUGGUACCAUCAACGCCAUAUUGUUGCGCCAGCAUUCAUGGGAGAUAGACUUAAGAGCUAUGCGGGGCACAUGGUGGAGUGCACUAAGCAGAUGCUCCAAUCACUGCAAAAUGCAGUGGAAUCGGGGCAAACCGAGUUCGAGAUUGGCGAGUACAUGACGAAACUCACAGCUGACAUAAUUUCACGAACCGAAUUCGACUGUAGUUAUGAGAAAGGAAAACAAAUAUUCCAUCUUUUAACAGAUCUUCAACGCCUGUGUGCUCAAGCUAGUCGUCACCUAUGCCUUCCAGGAAGCAGGUUUUUUCCGAGCAAGUACAACAGGGAAAUAAAGUCAUUGAAGAUGGAGGUAGAGAGCCUUCUAAUGGAGAUCAUCCAGAGCCGAAAAGAUUGUGUAGAAAUUGGCAGAAGUAGCUCUUAUGGAAACGAUCUGUUGGGUAUGUUGCUUAAUGAGACGCAAAAGAAGAGAUCGGGAAAUGGGUUUUCUUUGAACCUGCAAUUGAUUAUGGAUGAAUGCAAAACUUUCUUCUUUGCUGGACAUGAAACAACUGCUCUUUUACUCACAUGGACUGUCAUGUUACUCGCCAGUAACCCUUCCUGGCAAGAAAAAAUUCGUGCAGAAGUUAAACAAGUCUGUAAUGGUGGUACCCCCUCUGCUGAUCACCUCAGCAAACUCACUUUGUUGAACAUGGUAAUAAACGAGUCACUGAGGCUAUAUCCCCCGGCAACUGUUUUACCAAGAAUGGCAUUUGAAGAUAUAAAGCUGGGAGAUCUCUUGAUUCCGAAGGGUUUAUCGAUAUGGAUUCCGGUGCUGGCAAUUCAUCACAGUGAACAGUUAUGGGGAAAAGAUGCCAACGAGUUCAAUCCAGAGAGGUUUGCCACAAGAACACCAGGCCGCCAUUUCAUCCCUUUUUCAGCAGGCCCUCGAAACUGUGUGGGGCAAUCAUUUGCUAUGAUGGAGGCAAAGUUGAUAUUGGCCAUGUUGAUUUCCAAGUUCAGCUUCAGUAUUUCUGAUAAUUAUCGCCAUGCUCCUGUCAUUGUGUUAACAAUAAAACCUAAGUAUGGAGUUCAAGUAUACUUGAAGCCCAUCGAAGGGUGAAUCCUGAAGAUUCAAUUUAAUUUUGUAGUUCAGGAGAAAAAAAAAAAACAACAUUAUUUUAGUGGUGGGAAAAUCGUUUCAUAUGAAUUGCUUUUUAUAGAGAUUGACAACCAUUCUCUAUUUCAAAGUUUGAAGAUCCUUUCUUCAUCGGAAAUACCUUUUUUAAGAAUUUGCAACAGA